CCCGGCUGCUGUUGACCUGCUGCAAAUCAUUCGCUAACAAGAGGACAUUGCUCUGAAGAGACUCCGGGCCCUGGGUGAGGUGGAACUGCUAUGAGCCUCCCCCGUAUCCACCCGUGGGGCUGUCGCUGUAGAGCUGUGGCCGAGCCCAUUCACCAGUGACCCAGGUGACCCGAGCCGUCCCGGGGCUCAGCUGACACUUCCUCCGGUCUCUGGCAGACCUGUGCAUCAUGACCUGGCUGCUGCAGUACACGAACCCUUUGGAUCCGAGCGUCGUGGCGGCCGUCCUCACCAUCGCUUUCAACCCGUUCUUCUGGAAUGUGGUUGCAAGAUGGGAGCACAGAACCCGCAAACUGAGCAGUGCCUUCAGAUCGCCGCACCUGGCCUGCUACUCUCUGGGUGGCGUCAUCCUGCUGCUGAACGGCCUGCGUUCACACUGCUUCACACAGGCCAUGCUGAGCCAGCCCAAGAUGGAGGGCCUGGACAACCCCACUACCUACUGCCUGGGCCUGGCACUCCUGAGUGUGGGCAGUGUGUUUGUGCUUUCCAGUUUCUUCGCACUGGGGUUCACGGGAACCUUCCUAGGUGAUUACUUCGGGAUCCUCAAGGAGGCCAGAGUGACCACGUUCCCUUUCAGCAUCGUGGACAACCCCAUGUACUGGGGAAGCACAGCCAACUACCUGGGCUGGGCCCUCAUGCACGCCAGUCCCACGGGCCUGCUGCUGACAGCGGUGGUGGCCCUUGUCUACGUGGUGGCCAUCCUGUACGAGGAGCCCUUCACCGCAGAGAUCUACCGUCAGAAACCCGCCAGGUCCCACCGGAGAAGAUGACAGAGCUGCAGGGGCCCUGCAGGGUCCCGGCUGGCCCGGCCCACCCCAAGCACCCAGCCCGCUCUGGGGAGCAGCACCUGGCCGUUGCUCCUCACGUGUGGCUGGCGUGGGCCACUCCAGUGCCUUGGAAACUACUGCCUUGGGGGUCCUGGACAUGCUGCCAAGUGGCCACUCGGCCUGCUGUGCCCCACUGCCCCAGCUGUGCCUGCUCACCAAUAAAGGCACCCUGACCCCAGCA